GGGGAAAGCGAGUGAAUGACGGCAAACAGACAGGCUGACCCAGGGCUCAGGUGGCAGCUGUGCUACGACUUCUCUGCCAGGUCAUGGCUGAUGGCUACCGAAACGUUUCUGGUGAAUGAAGACCCGUCCAGAGGUCCUGGGAUGCCGGAAUGCUUUGUUGUGUCUGAUUCCUACCGGGAUGAGUUCCAUCCGUUUAUCGAGGCGCUGCUGCCACAUGUGCGUGCCUUCUCCUACACCUGGUUCAACCUGCAGGCGCGCAAGCGCAAGUACUUCAAGAAGCACGAGAAGCGCAUGUCGAAGGAUGAGGAGAGGGCAGUGAAGGAUGAGCUGCUGGGCGAGAAACCCGAAAUCAAGCAGAAGUGGGCGUCGCGUCUGCUGGCCAAGCUGCGCAAGGACAUCCGGCCCGAGUUCCGUGAGGACUUUGUGCUCACCGUAACGGGCAAGAAGCCUCCAUGCUGCGUGCUCUCCAACCCCGACCAGAAGGGCAAAAUCCGCCGCAUCGACUGCCUCCGUCAGGCCGAUAAGGUGUGGAGGCUCGACCUGGUCAUGGUCAUCCUGUUUAAAGGCAGCCCGCUGGAGAGCACGGACGGCGAGAGGCUCGUCAAAUCGCCCCAGUGCACCAACCAUGGCCUGUGUGUCCAACCACAUCACAUCGGAGUCUCCGUUAAAGAGCUCGACCUCUACCUGGCCUACUUCGUCCACUCGCCAGGUAAGGAAACACUAUCUGUCUGUCUGUCUGUCUGUCUGUCUUCAUGUGUAUUUUUAUUAGCAUUAGCAGAUAGUUAUGUGAAAAGUGAUGUGCUGUUGCCUGUCUGUCUAAAGUAAAUGCAUGUUAUAAAGGAAAUACUGUAUAAUUCUAACAAUGAAGAAACUGUAACAGGGACCAGCAGAACAAAACUGUACCAUAACGAAAAGAAUUACAUUCGAAAGGCACUUCCAAGGCCAAGAGGUCAAACAUUAUGCAAGGAAUCAAACACUUCGGAUGUGCUGAUAAAGAAAAUAAUCAACAACAGGAUGGUGUAAUGCAGCUAUUACCACCCCAUGUGGAUUAUUUCCUAAUAACAGCACAUUCUGAAGUAUAUUACUCUUAUUCCAUCCUCUUAUUUUGUAGUUAUUAAGUUUAAUUUAGUAAUGAACAGCACAAUGUGCCUUUUAACGGGUUAUAGUUACAUUUACUGUUGUGGAACAUUCACGAAACAAGUUAGUUCCUGUUAUCACUUAUGUUAUAGCUGCUAGUAAGAGUAAUUUCCUCACCAGCCUCUCCUUUUUCUCCCUGUUGAAGUUAAUAGGACAAAAAACAUAGCUUGGCACAUUACCAAGGAACUGGAAAGCCUGGAGACUCUCCCAUGGUGGAAAACAUACUGACCAUUACAACGUCUUAUAGAAAGCUUCACCAUUAACAAUACAUUUUAUUAUGUUUUUUUAUCCAUUUAUUAUUAGCCUUAGAUUGCGUAUAUUGUAGUACGAGUCCCUUUGAAUGAGCUGUUACCGUAGAAACAAUAAGGCCUUAGAAGGAGGGCAUUAAUAUAAACCUGUGAUUUGAAUUAAAUUGAAUUACAGAAUUUUAAACAUUUAAUCAACACCUUCUGACCAAUCAGAAUUGGGAACUCAACAGCGCUGUGGUAUAAGGAAGGUUAACGGAAGCAGGUAGGUAACAUUCACACAAGGGUGAAGCAGAUGCCUUUUUUGCCCUUAGCUUGCAGCAUGCACCAAACAAACCACAGAUCUACACCUUUUGAUUUCUCUGGUUUUGUAUUAGCUGCAAUCUGAUACCCCCUUGAAUAAAUGUGUGGAUAAAUGUGUGACACUCCUGAAUGAGAUGAGCGAUAGAUAAUAUAUUGCAGCUGCAUAACGAAAUAGCAAACUAAUCACGAGUUCUACGGUGCCCAUGUGUUCUACGCGAAUCUAAAGGCCACUCGGGAACUAGAUUUUAUCCGGUUGACUGUGCACCAGUUAUUAGUAUGUGAAUGAAGAAGACAAUUACUGGGGCCUGGAUUCCUGUAAAAUAACAUCACUGUUGUGGACCGGAUGAGCCGGACUAUUAGGUGAGAUUUUCCAGUGUUUUCCAAGAUUUUCCUUUUGUCUUUUGUAAUAUUACAAAUUAUACAAAAUUACAAAUUUUGUAAUGCUACAAUAUUACACUGUGCAGGAAUUUGAGUGACAAUAAAAGUGAGUCUGUUCUAAAUUUGGGGAAAUCUUUAACUCAGAAUCUUUAUUCUGAUGGUUUUUCAGUAUGCUAUUAAUUGUGUAAUUGUGAUUUCACAGCACUGUUGAAUUCUCAAAUCUGAUUGGUCAUUCAUUUUCUAAAACAGCAGCUCUGACAUCCAAAUUCAAAUCACAGGUUUAUAUUAACACACUCAUUCUAAUACGCUAUUGCUUCUGUAGUAACAGCUCAUUCACAGGAACUUGUACAGCAGAUGCUUCACAUAAUCUAAGGCUAAUAACAAACUGAUUAAAAACAUAUUGUUAUGUGACAAAGAAAACCUUAUUAUCAUUGAUAUGGUGAAGUUUUCAGGAAGGAGUUGUUUAUUUAACAUUUAUGGAGUCUCGGGUGUCAGCGCUUUGUAACAGUCAGCAAGUUUUCCGCUAUGUGAAAAUGUCUUCAAGACAUCGUGCAUUAAUAAAUUAAAAUUUGUAACAGUUGGGAAAUUUCUGUGGUAUAAGAGGAAUAAAGCACUUCAGGACAUGCUGUUAUUGGAAAACAACCACACCACCCCAGCAUUGACUAUUUUCAUAUAACAACACACACUAGUGUGUUGUAUUUUUUACCUAAUAGACCCAAAAGAGUGGAGGGUUGAAAUUUCAUAUAUAUCUAGUAAAUACUCAAGUUGGUAUUCACAACCAACUGAGACAUUUAUUACACAUUCAAUCUAGAAGCACACUACAAUAUAUGUAUAAGGUAAUUCAUUUUUACCAUCUAUGUUAAUUUGAAAUGCUUUCCCUUAGAUAAAGAAUUAGCAUAGUUUACCAAAGUGAAAAGAAACAGAUUUUCUGUAUAUUAACUAAAGGCAGACCACAUUUAAGCAGCAUUUGUAAGUCUAUCUCUUAACCUCCUCUAUCAGUGCAUCUGCUGCUCUUUGUCCUGCACUCUUCAUCUCCCUCCUCUUCCUCUUUGAAAGCUUAACUAAGGUUGUUUUUUCUAAACUUUAUUCCAGAUGGUUUCUGUUAGGACUCAAUGCUUGGCAGCUACAUUUUUUUCUUUAGGUAUAAUUUUAUACAGAAAAGAUUGCAGUGACUUCAAGGAAUUAAAUAGGACACGGGGGCGGGAGAGGAGGAAAUUACAAUAGUGAUGGAGUAGAAGGGGGUGAAAAAUGUAUAUAUUAAAAGCAAUUACUCCGUCACUGUGGAGCAGUGUUAAACGUUUUCAGGCCCCUUUUGGGUUGGUUUCCUGCUUCUUUUUUUAAUAAAUAAGGACAUAUAAUGUAAUAUUGAUUUAAAUCCCAUCUGCGAGGGUGACUUCAUCCACCCCCACUCCCUCUGGUCUUUCGCUUUCUUGGAAAGGAACCACGGGCUCCGGCUGCCAGAAAUAAUUGCUUGUUUGCUGGUAUUUGGUUAAAAUCUGUCAGAGAGAGAGCGAGAAAGAGAAAGAAGGAAUGAAAGAGAGAGAGAGAGAGUUAAAGAGGGAAAGGGGGCAUAUGCACAGCCUAAUUGCAGAGACCUUACAUAUUGAGAUCAUCAACCCUUAUCUCUCUAGCAGGUAACCUUAAAUUGUGCUCUGUGUUUCGGCUCCACAUUUAAUGUCAGUAGAGAUGUGAAUUGAAACACUCUGACGUGUCUUAUUAAUCACGUGUGUGGGUUUGAAAAUCUGAAAGAUUCGUUUUAAGACUCAGUUUGUGGUUUGAUUUUGCACUUAUGUUGGUUCAUGUUUUUUAAAUGAUGUCAGGACUGUACCACUAUAUGUGUGUGUGUGUGUGUGUGUGUGUGAGAGAGAGAGAGAGAGAGAGAGAGAGAGUGUCCAUACAUGCACAUGCGCAUGUGUGCUGUUUCUAGGCUAGGGUAUUCUCUGACUGCAGGGUAGAGGUUGGCCUGAGGCCUGCUCUCUGUGCCAGGCUAGUGCUCACAGUGUCUCCCUCCUCCCAUUGCCCGAGAGUCAUAAACAAUAAAACCUCUGUUACUUUUUAACCCACUGCCGCCCUCCCUCUGCUCCCUCCACGGCUCGUCUGUCUUUUUCAUACGCUCUCAUCCCUCUCCUCCUUUUUUUCCCUCUUAUUUGAUCCAUUUUGGUUCCACACAGUUGUCCUAGUUGUAAACGCAUGUGCGCAAGUUUACAUUCGCCAGCAUGCACACAGCACACAGAACGAGGUAUUGUUCAUUGCGCUGUUCAAAUAUUCAAACCUCUGUCUAUUUACAUGUUCUCUUUUCGUGCCGUGUAUCAGAUGUAGUAAUGAUUUUAUUAAAGACCAGAGCCGAUAUAUUCAGACGGGACCCAGCAUUGACCUCUGAGAAUGCCAGUUUGUUGUGUCGUUUAUAAUUCUCUGGCUGACAUUUAUUCUUCUAAAACACAUCUACUCACACACAUGCAUACGCCCUCGUAGACGAUAGGCCUGAACUGUAAACAGAUGUUCGCCUCAAUCAUUCCCUAAUGAGAUUGGACACUCAUUCCCCCAUCUGUACAGCAGUGUUACACGAAGAGUACACAGAAAUGGUGAUCAGCUAAUGAGGAUGAAGAUUUUAGCUCUCAGAGAUCCUCCUGAGUGAAUGCCAAGCUGAUGGCAGGACAUUCUCCUAUCAGUGAGAUAAAGUGAUAGUUUUAAAGUGAUAGUUGGGGAAAGUUCUUUCAUGCACUCCCCGGGCAGGGGGUGCUUAUCUCUCUUCCUUGGCACGUAGGGACCCCUGGUGUUCUGGCAGAGAAAUUCAUUCUCCUUCUCUCUUUUUUUAGAGAAGCCAGAGCAGUAGUUGCCAGCCACCAAAUGCUUGCUGAAGAUUUGGGCAAGUUCUUUGCUAUUUGCAUGUUACUAGGUAGUGUGUGAGGGCAUGCACUCACUCCUCCACAUACAAAGGAACAGACUAACGCUCAUCAGUUUGGCGAGCUUUUUCAGGGGGGAAUUUGACUUCAUGCUGUGCGCUCUGCUGCUGAGCUGUAUUUACGCAGAAUGGUAGCAUAUGUGUAGCUGCUCCACCUUAUUGAAUCAAGACCACAGUGGAGAGUUUCCACAGAAUCACUCAUACACAGUUGAAGGCCAAGGGAAGCCCAGUGCAGACAGAGAGAAUGAGGAGGGCAGGAUUGUUUAGUGUGUUCUCCAAAGCGUGACUUUGGUUAAGUCAUUAAGACCCGUGGCCUGAAUGAAAAGCAGAUAUCUGGAUGAUUAGCGUGGCUAGUGAAAGAGAGAGGAAGCAUGUGCUUGUAAGAGCAAGAGAAUGUCGGGGUGGAGAUAAUGUGCAGGUUCCAAAACAACUCCAGGCAAAGAGCUCCCAGAUUGUGGAAAAAAAGGUAGUGAGUAACUUCUUCAUCCACGUUCCUGUGUCUCACUUCCCAAACACAAACACACAAAGCUCAAUUAUCCUUUCAAGGUAAGUCAAGUGUGAAACACCCCUCCUAAGACCAAAAACAGAUUGUACUCUUUGGCUAACGGCAUUACAGAACAUCCCGAAUUAAACCUUUAUAAUGUCUAGGAUUUCUAAUUCUAACAAUGCAUACUUGUAAAACUCAACGUUUUUGCUCUUCAGACUGCCUGUGGAUACACGCUGACCUCAAUAACCAUAAACAGGAUACUGUCAUCUGAAUUUUUUAUAGCUGAUAACCCUAAAAUCCUGAACACGUCCUUCGUGAUUCUGUCUUAAAUUUAAUAAGCAUUAGCAUUUUGGUUCUCUAUUUCCUUUAUUUAGCAUGUUAGGAGAUAGGGGGGAGGCAUGUUCCUGUGUAUGCGUCAGGUUUAAAGCUUCUCACUCAAAUAGGAAUGAAUAAACAGCAUUUGGCAUAGGCUUUGAUAACACACACGUGGGAGUGGAACAGGUUGAGCUGCCAUAGGGAAGACCAAAUGGAAUAAGGGAGUAUUUUUAUACAUGUGAACACAGGAUAUGACAUUAACUAUCUUGUGAAGACAAGUCACGAUCUUACACUGCCGUGCCCUCAAAGGUUUUUCUUGCUUGUGUAUGAACUCUCUUUGUAAGGAAUGUUGAUAUGAAAGGAAGACCAGGCAUUUGCCCUAUUUCCAGGAGUCCAGGGGACUCUCUUGGUGGGAGGGAGGGCAAUACUCAAUCCUCUGUCAAUCAGUGCAACACUCUGGCAACCAUGGGGCUUUGUGAACUCAUGUAUUCGGAAGAGGGUGAAGUAGCAUGAGCAUGAGCAGCAGGUUGAAAAGGUAUGGUGGCUGGCUUCACAUGUCUUGAAAGAAGCAUUUGCUAGCCUUCCCUCUUGGUGGCUGUCAUGUGAUUGGGAAGAACCAACUAGUGGGUGGGAACUGGUAAAUGACCAAAUCAGGAGAAAAUGGGGUAAAAUUCCAAAAAAAAAAAGAGAGAAAAGGAAUCAGACAAUUUAUAUGGUAUGGUAUAUGGUAAAUAGAUAGGUAUGAUGAAUGAGAUUGGAGUUCCUCAAGGCUCCAUCUUUAGACCCCUUUAAUUUUCUUUCAUUAUUUUGCUCUUGUGUUCUGAAAUAUUUUAGUUUCCUAUUUAGAAGAAUUUUGUCUAUAGAUUAAGUAUGAUUCCAGUGUUUUGAGAGCAGCACUGAGAGAAGCAGUAAGACAGAUCGCAGAUCUUAAACAGAUGGUGUUUGAGAACUAUCUUACAGCCCUCUGUCUUUGUAGUCUAGAACAGAGGGAGGUACAGUGGGGUCCUUUUGAAGUGCUUAAGAUCUAAAAGAGCCUCAUAAGAUGGACUCUGUAGUUAUUUCACAAUGAAUCCUAAUGGACGCAAUUAUAAACUGGUUGGCAGCGAAUUAAAAGUACAGAACGAGCGGGUGCUUGAUUGAAAUUCCAUAGGCUUUAUAACAGGAAUUUGAAAUUCUUUGCUUUUAACUGCCUGCUUUAACUGUUAUUACUAUUGAACAGGAUUAUUGAGUUUUCAUUUACUUUGCUUCUUCGUUUUCAUCUGAGUGUUAACACACACAGCACACAGGCUCUUUCUUUCUCAUUUUUUCCUUCUCUGCUUUACUUUUCUCUCCUCCGUUGUGCACUUGUGUGGCCUUACAUUGGGAUGUGGAGGGGAGCAGGAAAUGUAUGAACCAUGAAGGCAUGUGUUUAUGCUGGCUGUAGUUGAUCUUCGCCAGCCAGUGGGAAAACAGACACCACAGGACUGUUCCCCCUUCCUGUUCUCUCUACUUCUUUCUAUGUGUCUGUCUUGCUAUCUUGCACUCACAACGAUUUGCUGUUAUAUUAAAAAAAAUCUUACUGAUUAUUUACGUAAUUCAUGUUUGGAUUACCUCAACUCUUUACUAUCUAUCUUAAGUGGCCUCUUAUUGUUCUCUCACAAAGUCUUUUUAAUCACUUAAUUGUAAUAUGCAUGCAAGAAUGGGUUAUAAAUUUGCAGUAACAUGUUAAUAGCAAACCAGUAGUCUUAAAGACAAUACUGCAAACCCCGACUUCUAGUAUCAUCUCACUGAGUCACUUUGCUUGCAGUUUAUGUCACAAAAUAAAUCACUACAUCAUGCCUGACUGUUCAAGUGCUCCUCAUUUCGCCCAUUUGUUUGUUGUUGUCAGCCAGAUUAAUUGUUCCCACACACACUGCAUAAGGCAGCAUGGCUAUUGGACAUGGUGGGCUCUGGGAAGCUGGACUGGGUCAGGAAGUGUGAGAAAGGCGCGUGUGUGAGGUCGUUGGGUGUUUGUUCAUGGAUGGAUGUGUGCGUACAUGUGUGUGUGUGUGUGUGUGUGUGUGUGGUUGGAGUGUGUGACUGCAAGCACAGAAGCCAGCUGGAUGAGAAGAGUCAGCAAUGUGCGGUUUUGGCCUAUGAACAUUUCACAGCGAGGAGAUCCAUCUUCUUCCUGUAGCCCAAGGGAAAGCAGGGGAAAGGAGCAAGGAUGGGAAAAGACAAGGAAUGAAGGUUAAUUUAUCUUCAGUGUGAGUGCAAAAUUUGCGUAACUAACUGAGCAUAGUAGCAAAUACUCCUAUCUGCAGUGAAGACGAUUGUGGCAAAGUGGGGUGCAAAAAGCUUCAUGAGGAGAUUUGGGGGUAUUUAUUGCAGUUAGAAAGAAAUCCCAAGCACAAAGUGCUGUAUUAAUAUUACGAUUUCUUUACAUUUUUUAAAUAGAAACUAGUCAUAUACUAAAUUGACAAUUUAACAAACAAGUGCCUCAUAAAAUUCUAAAUCAGGGGUGUCCAGUCUUAUCCACAAAGGGCCAGUGUGGUGCACAUUUUCAUUCCAAUCGCCACACCUGACUCCACCUGUUUACUCAGUUGACCUUGGCUUGCAGUAGACUUAGGUGUGGCUUCUUCUUGGUUGGAGUGAAAACCUGCACCCACACCGGCCCUUUCCAGAUAAGAUUGGACACCCCUGUUCUAAAUCAAUCAUUCAGAUCUUUUUCCACCUUUAAUGUGAUAUAGCACAUAAUAUUAAAACUUACAAUAAUCUGGAUGCACAAAUGUGCACACCCCUUUGCUUUUUUAAAACACCUUUUGCUUGUAAUACAGCACUCAAUCUUUUUUGGGCAAGUCUCUACCAACUUAGUACACCUUGAAAUGGUAUUGCACUCUUCCUUGCAAAAAUGCUCCAGGUCUGUCAAAUUGUGAGGGUCUCCCAUGCACAGCUUUCUUCAAGUCACUCCACAGGUUUUCGAUAGGAUUUGGAUCCGGGCUCUGUUUUGGCUCCGUUUCAACAUUUUUCAACGAUCUUCCUCUUCUGAAGCCAUUCCUUUGUUGCGCUUUGGGUCAUUAUCUUGUUGCAAGGUGAAUUUUUUCUUCGUCUUCAUCUGUCUAACAGAGACCUGCAGAUUUAUGUGCCAAAAUAGAUUGGUAUUUGGAGCUAUCAAUGAUUCCCUCUAUCUUGAUUGGAACCCCUUUAUUUGGGGUUAAUCAGAAUCACUUUAUUGAUGACAGGCGUGUGAUAAAUACUGAACAUAAGUUUGAAUAUCAUUGGUUAUUUCUGAUCAAAGUCACUUGCCCUGUUCUUUUUUUCAGACAGUAUCUAGGAUACCACUUUUUUAGCACCUACAAUAGAUAUAAAAAGUCUACACACCCCUGUUAAAAUGGCAGGUUUUUGUGAUGGAAAAAAUGAAACCAAGAUAAAUCAGGUCAAAACUUUUUCCACUCUCAAUGUGAAAUUACUAACAUUUUAGGGAAACAUAGGAAAAAUGUAAAAAGUUGCAGUAACCUGGUUGCAUAAGUGUGUACACCCUUUUAUAAUUGGGGAUGUGGCUAUGUUCAGAAUGAAUCAAUCACAUUCAAUCUCAUGUUCAAUAGUAAUAAUCAUACAGCUGUCAUCAAUGAAAUUAUUCUGAUUAACCCCAAAUAAAGACCAGCUAUUUCUGUAGAAUUUUGUUAACAUCUUCUUGGUUUCCUCAACUGCUGAAGCCAUGGUCCGCAAAGAGUUGACAAAGCAUGCAUGGUAUCUCACUUGUUGAAAGGUAUCGAUCAGGAGAGGGGUAUAAAAGAAUUUCCUAAACAUUAGAUGUACCACAGAACACCGUAAAGGCCAUCAUCAACAAGUAGAGAAAAUGGAGCACCACAGUGACAUCACGAAGAACAGGAUGUCCCUCCAAAAUUUAUAAAAGGGCAAAACAAAAACUUACCAGGGAGGCAGCCAAGAGACCUACGGCAACAUUAAAGGAGCUGCAGGAACAUCUGACAAGUACUGAUUACUCUCUGCAUGUGACAACAAUCUCUUGUAUUCCUCACAUGUCUGGGCUAUGGGGUAGGGUGGCUAGACGGAAGCCCUUUCUCACAAAAAACAUCCAAGCUCAACUAAAUCAACCCAAACCAUGUGGCAAAAUGUGUCGUCUGAUGAGACCAAUUCCAAAAGGUAUAAUAAUUCAAUAAAUCCCAAAGCUAUGUUUGGUGCAAAAAAAAGAGCAUCACCAAAAGAAAGCCAUACCCACAGUGCAGCAUGGUGGUGGCAUGAUCAUGCUUUAGAACUACUUUUCUUCAGCCAGAACUGGGGCUUUUAUCAAGGUAGAGAGAAUCAUGAAUAGCUACAAAUGCCAGUCGAUUUUAGUGCAAAACAUUCAGGUGCCCGCUAGUAAACUGAAGAUGAAAAGGAAUUUCCCCUUUCAGCACAACAAUGACCCAAAGCAUACAUCCAAACCAACAAGGGAAUGGUUUAAUCAAAAGAAGAUCAGUGCUGUUGAAUGGCCUAGCCAGAGCUCAGACCUGAAUCCAACUAAAAAUCUGUGGGGUGAACUGAAGCAGGCUGUGCACAGGAGAUGUCCUCACAAUCUGAUGGAUCUAGAAUGUUUUUGCAAGAAAGAGUGGGAAAAUUUUGCCAAGUUAAGAUGUGCCAUGCUGAUAGACUCUUAGCCAAAAAGUUUAUAAAAGAGUGAUGUAAUAAAAUCAAAAGGUGCUUCAACAAAGUAUUAGUUUAGGGGUGUGCAUACUUAUGCAACUGGGUUACUGUAAGUUUUUUCUUUUUCUUUUUUCUCUAAAAAAUGUUCUGCUUGUUUUUCACUUUAUUUGUAUACUUUGCAAUUUCACAUUAAAGGUGGGAAAAGUUCUGAGAUGAUUUAUCUUCAUUUCAUUUUUUAACUUCACAAAAACCUGUCGUUUUAACAGGGGUGUGUAGACUUUUACCUUUGUACCUUGCAAUGAUUGCAUUUCGUAUUGGUUCUUGGUUUUUUUCAUUUGUAUACUUUUUAACCAAACCGCUGUAGCUUUGAUGUACUAUACUAGUUAUACCAUGUUUAUUUAAAUACUGACGGACAAAGGAUGUCAGGGUUUGGUAAAUCGGUAUUGUUUUGUAUUGUCAUACUGUAUAUUUUAUUGAUUUGUUGUAAGGCUAUUUAAGCAAUUUAUUAAAUACUACCAGAUCAAAAAUAUUGGUUUAUUUUCUCCCAUAUGAAAUAAGCUAAUUGAUAUUUAGUAUUAUGGGCUAUUUUUAAAUGUUUAAAUGUUUGGGGAAUUUGCAGUGGUGGUAUAGCAGGUCAAAGACUAUAUCGCUAUGUUAAGUUGGCAUAAUAUCAAUAUGAGUGUGAUAUACCGUAUCUACACAGCCCAAGCAUUGUAAGCCUCACAAGUAACACAUGGCAUUCCCCCAAACAUUCAAACACACGUUGCUUUUGUAGUUAAUAUACAAAACACAAUAAAAACCUUAACAAAAACAUGUAGCUAAAAAUCUACUAUACCAUCCAUGAUAAGCAAAGUGCCAUGAGUGAGACUGGUAUUAAAGCAUUAUGUAAAGCAUAACUUAUGUAUCAGAGAAAAUAAGCUGUAAAAUUAUAGGUAUUAUGGAUGCUCUAGUGAUCUUCCUCCAGGAUUAUGUUGUGGAAAGUGUUAAUUUGAAAGACCUCAGUGAAUCAAUGAAAUGAAGAAGUUGUGUUUUUAAGAAUCCUCGCCCAGGCUAUGGUUUGGAAACAUAACCACACUUCUACACUAAGAAUCAGCCCUCAGCUUUUUUUCCCCUUGACUUCCAUUUCAGCCUGAGUUGGACUUGGCCUUGACUGUUAUUGGCAUUACCACCUCUGUAGUUGGCGUUCAUACACAUUCUUUAAUUGAGCUUUUAAAGUGCCCCUAACUGUGUUUGUGGUGAGAAUUUGAAACCUGUAAACUUUGAGCGGGAUAAUUAUUGUUUAAUUUCCCAUAUUUCAGUCCAGAGAUGGCACUGAGCCUACAUUUCAGGCAAGGACCUUCAGUCAAGCUGUAAGCAAAGGACAAUUUUACACAUUACCAUUAACCUUCUGGCUCGAUCCUCAGGGCCAGUUAACCUUUAGCUUUUAUGUGGUUUGCGAUUCGCACUCUAUAUGGCGCCAGGAAGAGUAGAUUUUCAGAAAGAUUCUCUUAUCUAAUGGCAAGUGUGAGGAAAAGUGUGGAAACAGCCUCUUUCCGUAUAUAGUUUCAUAUAAGUCCAAUUAACGACCAUAGUGCAGAAAACCUUUUCAUACUUUCCUUCUCACUUCUCUGUUUUUUCAACACUUCUUUUUCUUACCUCUUUUCCUACCUCGGUUUUGCUCUUGUACUGUCUUUCCUCUCUUGCAUUUCACUCACUCACCCGCCCUCGUUCCCUCUCCACGCUUUUUUUCUUUCAUUCAUCUUACUAUUCCAGUGGGGUGACUAUUGGUGAGGUAUUUCCUGCUGUAAGUUUUCCUGCUCUGCCCUGGGAGCUGUGAAGCAGGCGCCCUGCCUGACAGAAAUGGGCCAGCAGAGAGGGAAACUCAACCUCCAUCCUGAACCUGUACUUACCAAACCUCUUAAAGCAUUCAAGCUGAUACUGACGGUUUCUUUUAAUAUCUUUUAAGCUUCAAGCCACUGCUAUGCCUGUGCUUCUCCAAUAAAAUAAAUGGAGACAGAUACAGAUGGGGGAAUUUCCUUUCCAUACUAUCUCCAUUCUCCUCGCUGUAUGUUUUCUGAAGGAGGUGUGUACAAUAAAGUAGCUGAUAGCGAAUUACCAUGUCAUCCUUGAAAGCAGAAAUGAGUUCUUUCUGAGUGGGAAUGAUGCCAGUGGAGAUUAGAUAUUUAAGGAGUAUGGGCAUUCAUAUGGAGUCUAAGCAUUGCCUUGUCAAUGUGCAGCAUAAAGCACUGUAAAAAUGUUAAAUACUAGCAGUUAAAUACUAGCAGCAUUGUUGCCAGUAAAAAGAGUAUAAUUAAAAUAACAGAGUAUGAGUAUUAUACAGUAUACUACUUUAAAUAAACAGGAUUUUACUGAAAACUGAUGUCAAAAACUGUAAUUUGUGAAAAAAAAAACCUGUAAAAAUCCAUUUUACAUUUUGUUUUACUUUAAUUAAGGACAGGAUUUUAGCUCAAAAAUUAUUUUUCAACCUGACAUUUUCAACCUGAAGCUGGCUACUGGGGCCUUAUUUAUAAAACAUUAGUACGAUCAGAUUUGCUAUUACAUUCUAUGUAGAUAUUCUUGUGUUAAAAGUGACACAAAUCAGGAUGAAUAAAAGCUGAAACUGACAAUGUUUUAAUACAUACACAAAUUAAGUAUAUGUAUGAAGUUUUUUCACUGGCACUCAUGGUGAUAGAUAAAUAGAUAGGUAGGUAGCUCCACUUUUUUCCUUAAAAAGUCUUUGCAGCGUUGAAGCUGCUAUAACAUUUGGGUGUCAGACCUAAUUUAUCCUUGUGGACCUAUCUUACACAUAUUCUUGCAUGGAAUCUUUAUCUCCUCCAUUAAUCUUUAUCUCUCUGAAGAGCGUUGUUGACCUGUGGUCUUCUCCUGAUUAAUGCUCCAGGUGUCUCAGUAUCUCUUGAUUUUUCCACCCAGUUGCUUUCCACAUCUGCUGGUGCUGUUCUAACAGAACAGAGGUGGUGGGUGACACAGUUGAGAAAGUUGCAGUCACACUUGGCAAGAGAGGAACUCAGCCAGUUGGUCUUCAGCUGUAACAUCAGCACAUUUAGUGUCCCUUAAGAUGUUUUCUUUCUUCUCUGCCCACUUUCCCCCAAUUAAUUGUAAUUAGGAGAAAAGUUAAGGGUUUCCAGCAAACUAGAUCCUCUGGCAUUCCAGCAAUACCACUCUCAGAAGAAUAAGACUAAAAAGCCUAGAAGGCAUCUGGCUCAGACUAGAGGUGUGCGUCAUGACCAGGAUCCCACAGGAUGCAACAAAAGCGUAAUGCAAGUGGAAGGUCUUUACUUUCAUAUGGGUGCAAGCGAAUACUCAUGGGACAAACAAAGACCAUACACAUAAACAUGAAUGUGUGGUGCUGCAUCAUGCAUUUACAGUGUCCGUUCAAUCAUCUGUAGUAACUGUCUAUAUAUAAAUAUAUAUAUAUAUAUAUAGGCCACAUCUACUUUGGGUUACAGAAUACAGAUAUUUGGAGCACUAGACAGAUAAAGAUAAAGAUAAUAGCAUUGCGUUAAAAGACUGCUAUGAAUCAGUUGUUGUAUUGUAUUUGUUCUUUUCUUUCUUUCUUUCUUAAUUUCUUCCUUCCUUCCUUCAAUCCUUCUUACUGUUUUUCUGGUCACUAAUCUCGGUAUGGCUGGAACUCAUCCUGUGUUUACACGAGAUUGGAAGCAGCGAGAUGCAGUUUUUUCCUUGCUUUUUCCCCCUCCUUCUGCUUCAGGCCGACAGUUUGAAGAGUUGCUGUGGCCAGUUGCCCACAUCUGCAGUUUGGAGCGGUGGAAUUUGAAACGGAGGUAAAAUAUACAGGAGGGUUUGUUUUCACCCCAAGUUCCCCCACAAAGCAGAACAAGAGUAAUAGAAAGCUGGAGAGAAAAAAAGAAGAAAUGAGUGCUCAGGCAGUCCUCUGCUGGAUCUUCUUUCCAUUUUGAUGUGAACUGUAAUCUGCUGUAAGUGAAAUCACAUGGUGAAUUAUCCCAUAGAGGAAGGCAGAGAGACCGGUAAAGGGGGCUGUAAUGAUGAUGAUGAAGGUCUCUGGUUCCACUAAUGAAUCUGCUGAUUGGAUUUGCUCUUCAUCCCCUUCAUCCUUCAUGCUCUUCUUGCUCUUCUUGCUCUUCAUCAGCCACUAUGGUGGAUUUUUUGCCUUCAUGCAAAACCAUCUCGUCUUGUCUCAUUCCUAGUAAGAACAAUAAAAUUACUCUGUUCCAGCAGUGAGUGUCAGAUGACCUCUCAACACAUACACAUGCGUAGAAGUAUAAUUUAUAAAAUGCAUACUAGUAUAUAAGAUGUUUGACCUGAGCACUUGUUGGGUUUGAACCAGUGGAGAUGAUUUAUGAUGGAUGAGGGCCAGAAGUUUAAAAACAGUGAGAUAAAAUUGAAAAUUAAAUAUCUGAUCCCCCCCACUAUCUCCCUGUAAAAUUAUAUUUAUGUUAUUUUCUUUUUAGAGAAAAAAAAAGUGGGUCCCAGGCUAAGCUAGUUGACUUAUUACCUGUUAAAGGCUUCACGUAGCUCUGGUUUGAGCUUGAUGUGCGGCCAAUGAGGAGGCAGGACAUAAUGUGCCUCAUGGUGCGAGUGUUAAUAGUGUUAAAGGCCUGAUUUAAUUAGAGUGCAGCGCACCAUGCUGGACUUUUUGGCUUUUCACAUAAUACCAUUUUUGCCAGGAUUGUAUUGUUAUUCUGUGCUACCAAAGGAUAAUCAAUGAUUGUAUUGGAGAUUGUUGGAUUAUGUGCAGUGAACCUGCCUCAACCUCUUUGAAAAGUGCUAACUUCAACUUCUGAACCUUGUUUGAAAACUUGGAUGUUGGGUUACAGUGUUCAAGACAAACACCAAAGCAUGAACACCUUAAUUUACUAUCUUACAGCUUGUUACUCCCAAAAUAAUCAUGAUAUUUGAUGUACUACUUUUGCUUUUGCUCUUGCCCUCAUCUCUGUGCACUCCACUCUUUCACUCUUUCACAUUCCAGGAAAGGACACAUACCUCAAAAGAUUUCUCUCUAUAUCUCUCGCUCUUUCUAUCUUUUUUCUCUCUAUCCGUCUCUUCUUGAAGCGGCAUGUAACCUAUUUUGUCUACACAAACAAACAGGCCAUUAGCAGAACAGGAAAUUCUCCACAGGAUCUAUUGUAUUAGUGGCUCAUUCUUUUCUUCCUUUCACAUCUCUCCCUUAUCGUUCUCUCUGCUCUAGCUCUCUGUCCUCCCCUUUCUUGCAUGUCAAAAAUCACCUCCCUCUCACAUCUCUUUCUGGAAUUUUUCCCCUACUUGCAAUUACAGUAAUAUGUAACAUCAGGCAUAGUGAAUUAGGGCUUUACCUUACAUAACCCAGAAGAUUUAAGCAGAAAUGAGCCUCAGAGCUUAUACAGGUGGUACUGAGAACCAAACCGUAACCGAAAUGAACCUAACAUAACAUAAAAUAACAUAAAAUAACAUAACAUAGCCACAUGCCCAGGGUGUUACCAUGUCCAUCACAGCCCAGACCAGGAUAAACUGAAGAUGAAUGAAUGAAUGAAUGAAUGCCCAAACAAACAGAUGGUUAGCAGAGGUUUUGGGAGAUAUUAUACAGCAGCAUGCAUUAUAGUGGGUCAAACUACAGGUCUUGUUCUGCUGGUUAUGCCAUUUAUUGCAGGUAUUUUAUAAAGAUGUGUGGAUAGACUGUGUUUUCUCGGUGCCUCUUCUAAAAUUGUAGCUGAAUUCAUGGUGCUGUCAAAACAAUUUUCACAGCAUAAAACAUGUGUUGCAAUAUUAUGCAAUAUAAGUCCCAAAUGCAGUAGUGCAUCUGCAAGUUUCAGUCUAAGUUUAAAUAUUAUAUGACUUUGUCAGUGUGUUGGGUAAAAGUUUUAGAUUUUGGAGUUAAUAGGCUGGAUAGGUUACCCUGUGCCAUGCAGUAAUGUAGUUGAAAAUUAAGACAGUGUGUGCUCUGCUUAUGUCAGUGUUGGCAUGAAGCUCUUGGCCACCAGGUGGCUUUUUUUUAUUCAUUAGAUUUAGUUUCCUGAGAUUUAAUGCAAGUCAGUUUGGAUGAAACCAGCCAUGUUCCCUCGUCAAUCCCAAAAUGGGCCAACAUGAUCAGCUUUUAAAUAUCAUCUAAUGAAUGCUGCCACUGGCCAAGAUUAAAGAGAUUAAAGAGCUGGGAAGGAGGCAAACAUGCAGAGGAGAGUGAUUGAAGCGUUGCUGUACAGAGUCAAUCAAUGGAAUAAGGGAACUACAACUACAGCUAGAACUACAAGCAGUUUUGUGACUUGACAUGGUAGACUUAUCACCUUUGUGAUCAAGUCCUUAUUAUUAUCCUUAUUAUUAAUUUCUUGGGAUGCAAAAGUCGUGUGACCAGGAAGUAAGGAAAUUAACCCUACCCCUAGGUUUUAUUUAAAGAAGAUGGCAUGGCAUCUCAGUGGUGAAAACUUUGAACUACUAAUUGGAAGGUUCAAAUCUGUUCAAAUCUACCACUGUUGAGUCUAAGUUUCCACACUUGUCUCAGCUGUAAGUGGAUUGAAGCAUCAGCCAAAUGAGUCAAUGCAAAUGAUCUUACUACUGACUGGACCAGAGGUAUCUGAAGGUGUUCGACCCAGGGUUUUGGAGAGAUAGAGAAACAGUCCUGUUUGGUCUUAAAAUUCAUUCUAUAAGGAAAAUUUAGAUAGAAGCUUCAAGCAAAUUCAUCCUUAGGCUAAGCUCUAGCCACAACAUAAGCUGUAUGGCUUUAUCUUUGCAUAGGCAGAUCAAUGAUGAAGUUAAUAUAUAUCAGGACAUUUGAAACAAAUUUUACUGUUUGGAUACUAUUUGAAAUUUCAUAAUAAUUAGAGAUUCAAAAAAAUCCACAUUCAAACACUGAAUGAACAAGUAGGUAAGUUUCCAAAAGCCAUUAUCAGAUUUGUGCUUUUUCUGUAGCUGAAUCUCAAAUGUCAUUUGUAUCUGUUUUUUUAAUCCGUUAUCCAAGAGUUGAUUUUCAUGAGUCUCUUAGAUAUAAAAUAAUAUCUUUAUGUCAGAGUAGUGUGAGGAAAUGCCUUGAAAAUGAAUAUUUAAUCUUGCAGGUUUGAUGUAACCAGCCAAAAUAAUGAAAUUAGAACCACGAAGAAUCACUUGAUGCUACGGUGACGUGAAUGACAACUGGUGGACUGCAGUAAAAACUAGUCUUAUUUUUUUAGAGCCUGUCGAUGACAGAAGUAUCACCUCACCUCAAAAUUCACUACAAAAGCGAAUGCUGAUUUUAUUCUGACUUUCUUUUGUCUUUGCUCAGCUUGCAAGCAGCAUGCUGCGCUACCUCUUUCUGAACUUUUGAUUGACGAUAUAAGCUUUGACUGAGCUCAGACAGGCAGAUUUGGCAUGCUGGAUUUUAUUUCAGCUUAUUUUCUAUUGCGGUAUGGCUCAAACAGAGUAGCUCAAAAAAAAAAAAAAGCACACACAAUCAUGCGUUGUGUUCACAUGCUGUUAUUAUUCUGUUCUGUUCGUCUGUCUUUUAGUUUCCUUUAUUUCUCUACCGCAUUUUGGCCCUGUUUUUGGCCCCAGUCUCUCUGUCUUUCUUUGGGUGGUUUAUGUAUUGUUUUCAUUUUUCUGUUCUCAUGUUUUAAUGGGCUUUCGUUAGCCUGCGGCUGGGCACUAGAGAGACAGAAAAAAAAGUGCAUAAGGAAAAGCAGAAGAAAGUCGUGGGGAUUUGAAUCCAUAAGCGCCACAUUUCCAUUAUUUUUAUUUCCCAGCCUAUGCAUGUAUACUUUCCAUUUUUAACUUUCCUGCUCACUUUUUCCCCUUCUUUUUCUGUCUCUAUCACCAUCAUCUUACAGGUCUGUAAUGUUUAGCCGCUAGUUUCUGUUAGUUUCCCCAUGCUUAUCUCUCCUUCCCACUCCCUCAUUUUAGCUAUUAGCUCAUGUAAACUUUGCUUUUUGUAAUGGUAUUUUCAGCAUAGUCCUCCUGUUUGUGAUUAAACUAUAAAAAAAACUCCCUCAAACCUUUCUCUUGUUCACCCUCACUCUCUCCCUUCCUUCCCCUGACAGUCUGAGAGUGGUUUGUUUUGUCCACGUGCGUUUGAGCAAACUUCUCCCUGCCAGUGUUUGUUGAGUUUUCAGGCAGACACAUCUUGAAGCCAUGAGGUCUCUCUUUGUGUUGUGGGUUGCCAUUUCACCCUGCACAUACAAACACACACCACCAAGGCCUGUUACAGCUCAAGCUGAGAGAACUCAAGACCAAAGGGCUGGAUGGCUGUGUUUAAUGCGCACAUUCUUUACCAUGAGAUAAUUCGAUGAAGGAGCCAACUCUCUCCCAUAUAUACUUUUACUGUUGCACUCAAUCAUGUCUUAAUCUUAAACCUUUCUUAGUCUUAAAACUUUUAGCACAUGAUCUCCUACCACAUAAUCAGUGUCUGAAUAAAGUCAGCAAUCAGGAUUGUCAGAAGAAAUGCUGCAUUCUGUACUUUUACUUUUGUGCAUAAGGAAAUCUCUUCUUCAUUACACAACUGAGCAUGGGUAUGUGUGCUGAGCUGGUGUUACUUGCUGGCUCCAUUCCCCCCUUUGCCUAGGCCCACAAAACUUCAUGUCUCUCUCUAAUUCACCUCGCACUGCCUGACCUGUCUCCUUGCCUUUGGUUUUUCUUCAUUUUCAUGGCGUCUUCUUUCCCAUUCUUUCUCCUCUCUUGCUCUAUACCUUGGUGUCAGCACAAUUUAUACACUUUUCAGCUCUUCGUCUCAUCUCUAUUCCCCUAUCCUCGAGUCUCUAUCUUGCUUUCUCUCUUUCUGUGUUUAUAUAAAGCUGUUUUUCUUAAAGUAUAGCCUGAAUGGCGGCUCCCAGGGGUGCAGUGUGAAACACUAGACUGAAGUGGAACAGCUGCCAAACAAUGCAGGCUCCAAUAGGUUCCAUAGUAGCUGUUAGCGUUUUUAGUGGAGUAUGCAUAUAAAAUUCCUGAAGUAAAUGACUAGCUCUGAGUUCAUAUAUAUAUUGUAAUGUGUUAUAUACACAUUGUAUUAUGUGCGGUCAGCUCAGCUGUUGGUACAUGUGAAGCUCUUGUUGCAGUGGAAAACAGUGUUCUUUUAUUUGUGAGUUUGGCUCCCUGUUUAGACUCAGUUUCUGGAGCCAUUGGCACUGAUCAAAUGACGUCAAAAUAAUUGGGUGGCCAGUUGAUUUUGAUUUGGAGUAGUGUUAAUAGCAAAUCUUUACAAUUGCUGGCAUAUUAUAUGUAACACUUCAUAAGUAAUAAUAUUUUAUUCUGUUUCAUUUUUCUUAUAGACCAGCCUAAAAAAAAGGCAUUUUCUUUUACCAACUACCAACUGACCACUUCCCACUGUUUCAUGCAUGAGUGUCACAUGGGAUAUCUGUACACGUACAAUGCGAACCAACAAUUCAUUGAUAAACUCAAGGAAAAAGAAGAGAAGCAAGGUCUUUUCUAUGACAUUAAACACCCUUGCAUUAGGAUUAGUUCUUUCUCACAAGCAGUCCAACCUUUGAGGUAACAGAAAUGAUUAUCCAGCCAAAAUUGCAAUACGGCGGGGAAACAGGCAAAUCAUCAAAGAUAGUUCUUACAUUAAACUGUUUGGCUAUGUUUGCUACAGUGAUGUGAACAAAGUGUUGAAUGCCAGUUCAGUGGACUGCAGUGUGGUUUAGAAAAAUAGUAGAGUAGCUGCCUUCUGAAACAAUUCAAAUCUCAUUUAACAAAGUUACAAAUAAAAAGUUCUCUUUAAAAGUCAAAGACCUUUUUUCUUUCUGUAGUCACAGCCUAUUCCCAGCAACUAGCUCGUUCUCCACUGUCACACGGCAGGUACCAGCCAUUUUGGGAGAAGGCUAACACUUUCCUCUUAGACAUAUGAAGCUCAUGCGAAUGAACAUGCAGAUGAACAUACUUGCGGCUGUAGAGUUGUUGUGACAGGGGAGUAAAGGAGAGCAAUGGCAUCGCUUCUUACCCAAAUAGCUGCACCAGUUAUGCUAUUACAGAUUCCAAGCCAUUUGAUUUGAUUGAGUUGAAUUAGCAUAUGCUAUAAUUUUUAUAUACAUUAUAUAACAUAUAUGCCAUAGGUAUAUAUAUAUAUGCUAUAACUAUAGCUAUAUAUGCUAUCAGCUUUUUUCUGUCAUUGUUGACUCUCAUUUUCAAACUGCUCGUAGUAUAGCACAACCAAAGAAGUCGUUUGGCUACUUGCUAAAUUAGACGUGAACCAUAACUAACCGUAAUGGCCCAAAUACACAGGAAAUUAAGAUUUUAAUCCAGAAUGUGUACUUAUUUGGGGCUCAAAUGUAGUCAUGUCAGAAAACCCAACCCCAGCCCGCCAAGCUUUGGUGCCAAAGUCUAAAACCUUCUCUUCUCUGCCCCUUCACUCACCUUAUUCUCUGUUUUCUUCUCUGUUUUUUUCUUCUCCUUCAGCCCAUUCCUAGAACUUCUCAUUCCUGAGAAAUGUAGGAGAGAAUGAUGUGUGAAGUUCGUGAUAAAGCUGAGUUUGAUACAUAACCCGCUCACAUAGUAUGUCAUUUACUAUGCUCUUAUCACUGAGGUGUGCUCCUGACAGAUGAGCUGCGCAACAUUAUGGACUUACCCACUCGGAUAGUUCCAGAGACGGAUUGAAUCAUGGCUUAACUCAGCACUGAGAGGUUAAUACAUGAUGGAGAUUAAAAGUCUAUUAUGUCAGUUAAUAAAUGGAUUGAUACAUGAUCUACAGCUCUGCUUAUUUGCUAUAAUGUGAAAUGAGCCAAGAUUGUUAAUAAGCCAGAAUCUUAAGCCAAUUCAAUGUGUGACUUUAGCAUAUGGAAUUACACACGCACACACACAGAGACACACACACACACAUAUUUCACUGGCCUUACCUGACCCUAAAGCAACAUGUGGAUAUGAUGAAUCCUGUUUGUGAAAGCGAAGGCCAAGUCUUUCCUUCUGCCACGUAGACUCACCAGCACUAACAUACCGCCUCCCUUAUUAUAGCAGUGUGAGAGACAGAGAGGGAAAAGUUCAGGAUGAACCUACAUAAAAAAAACUCCAUUAGUCUAUAGUCUAAGUUUCUUCUUUAUGCCAUAGUGUAAGAACUAUUCUUAUAUUCAAUGCAUAGCCCCACAGUGAAAAAAAAUUAAUUUUACCUAGACGUAACAAAGAACGUUUCUUGUAUUGUGUGUGUGCUAAAUGGCAAUAGACACAAUUCCAUUAAUUUACCUGAUUCAUCUUAUCAGCUCAAGACAUAAUACCAACACAUCAAUAAACACACCAAAAAGGAAAAAAAAAAAGAAACCCAAGCAAAGAAGCAGCAGAUCCCACAUACACACACACACACACACAUACACACAGAGGGACAGAAAUGGAGAGCUGAAAUCUUUUCUGUCUCUGUCUUUGUCCUGCUCUCUAUUUGUUUUUUUUCCCCUUUGUUGAUUCUUUAUUUUUCUGUGAUAACCAUUGUAUUAUGCUGACCCACAAUUGCACUAUUGUAUUCUGCGCUGAUUUUUCCUGUCUUCAGUGCCCAUCUUUUUCUCCCUAUCUCUGCCUCUUUCUUUCUCAUUCUUUACAGUGACACUUUAACUGUACUCAUGCAGCACUCUUCUCUUCCCCACUGCUCUUGAACCAUUCAUUAAGUAAAAUGAGCAUUCUCUGUGGCGCUCAUGAUUGUUUUAACGGGCGCCAUUUAUGUGUCUAUAUGUGGUUUUACUCACUUGUAAAACACGUCUCCCCAGUUCGAAGCGAUUAUCCACAUAUUUAUUUGCCCAGUUUACAGGCUGAAAUAAAGCCUUGCCAAGUGGCCAUCUUAAAGCUCAUUUGUGACUGGCUGUGUUAAGGGCAGAACCAAAGAGAAAAAGUUCCUAUUGAGAUAUCAGGAGGUCUUCCUGAAGGUCCUCUGAGACUGUAUCUGCAGUCCAUGACUAUAAUGUGACUGAGUGCUGCAUUUUGUUUCAUGUUGAAUGUGCAGCCUGGCUCCUUUGCAUUACAUCAUAAUCAUCUUAGGUAUUGGACUUGCAGUUGUGUAGAGUUGUGAGACUUUGUACCUGUAAAACAUAGGCCACUUACCUUCUUGGAAUUGUUUUAUGAGGGAGAUGUGGGUUGUUUGUGUUUUACACUUGAGAGAAUACUCUAGAGCUCUGUACUGCCUGCAAGGCACAUUUCAAUUGCGAUGACAAGCCUAUUUAAAAAAUGUAUCUUUGGUCUAACUAAAAUAAUUCUCA